CCGAAGAAGAAGAACGCUGUAGCGCCGCUAGCUUCAUCAGCUAUGUAGAUACAAACCCGGGGUAACACUAACGCCUGCUUCGUCUCUGGACAUUUAUUUAAAUUACUGACUCGAUAUGGGAAAGCGAGAUAAUCGAGUGGCUUAUAUCAACCCUAUUGCGGCUGCUAGAGCCAGGGGACCGGCGUCGAACUCCGGACCAACCAUACAGGAUUACUUAAGCAGACCUCGACCAACAUGGGAGGAGUUAAAGGAGCAGUUGGAGAAGAAGAAGAAAGGUUCACGAUCCCUCGCUGACUUUGAGGAUAAAAUGAAUGCAAGAUGGAAGAAAGUGCUCGCAAAAAACCGAGAAAAAAGGCUUGGCGACAAGGACAGAGACAAAAAAUCCAUGGACAAAGAAAAGGAGGAGAAGAAAAAUAAAAAGGAGAAAAAGAAGAAGGAGAAGAAGAAAUCCAGCAGGCGUUCUUCAUCUUCCUCCUCCUCAUCGAGUUCUGAUUCCUCCAGCAGCUCUUCUUCAGAUUCAGAAGAUGAGGAUGAAAAAAAGAGUAUGAAGAAGAAGCGGAAGCGCAAGAAGUCUUCAGCUCGAAAAGCAUCGGACGGCUCAGAAGAAGAAUCAGAUGCUGAAAGCAAGAAAAGGAAACUAAUCAAAGAAGAGCCUGACAGAGAUAAGGAUGAAAAAGGUCACAGAAGAAAAAGGAAGGCUGAGAGAAGUCACAGAGGUUCAGCUUCGGAGUCGUCUGUUGAUUCAGAUGGAGAGGAAGUCGUUGAAGCAAAGAAGAAAAAGAGAAGUAGUGAGGAGGAGAAAUUAACAGACAAGUCCAAGAAGAAGAGGAAAAAGAAGCACAAGAAACAUGGCAGAAAAAAGAAAAAGAAGGCAGCAUCUCAGUCGGACUCGGAGCACGACUAACAGUUUCAUCUGUCCGUUGAUAUUACUCUCCCGACAGUUCACUAGUAGCAUUGUUUUUGCUUUCGACUUCCAAAAACUUCUCCCGUCCAGCUUCUGUCAUGACGCUUGAAGGAGGAGACUUACAGACUUGUGAAGCUGGGAUUCUGUGUUCGAGGGGAAAAUUCGGCAGCACCAUCCCUCUAAGUGGCAACUGCCGGUACAUGUUGUGUGCUGCGUUUUUUUUCUUUUUUUUUUUUUUAAAUAUAAUAAUCUACAAAAGUCAUGUCAUAUUUUAUUUUAUUUUCCCCUCCCCUCAUAUUUUAAUGCGCCUCACACUCACUGCCACUCCAGUAUGUUGGCCCUCAGGGAGUUCCUCCCUCUCCGUCAUCCUCCAUCGCUACAUGAGGCUGUUCUGCUAGUGCCUGUGUCAUGCAUGUAGACCUGAUGACCCGAUGUCUUGCCAGCCUCAUAUUGAAGUUGGAUUCAUUAUAAGAAAUGUUAUCUGCACAGUUAACAUGAAUGGAGACGAGUAAUUGUUUUGUUAGAUGAACGCUUACACUGCUGUGUAAAUGUAUAAACAAUGGGAAUUCAAUAAAGUAUUGUUUGAGCCUUUAUGGCUGUUAUGUAGUCAAAAAAAAAGACUGAUAAUUGCUUGUUUUUGUUUUGGCACACUGUGGAUGCACACACCAGCAUAUGGCUCGUCUUCUGGUACCUACUAUAUUUAAUGAAUCCGUCUCCUUUUAAUAUGAAAUUAUGAUAAACCCUAGAUUCCUUACGAGAUAGCUUAAGCAUUGUGCGGUCUACUGAGAAACUCCUGAACAACAUAACAUCAUUUAUUAUGGAACCUGAACACUUCCUUUUGUGUCCAUGUAAUUCAUUGGG